AUGGCCCCAAAGAAGGACGUGAAGAAGCCUGCAGCCGCUGCCCCAGCACCUGCUCCUGCACCUGCCCCUGCACCUGCCCCCGUCAAAAAGGAAGAAAAAAUUGACCUCUCUGCUAUUAAGAUCGAGUUCUCUAAGGCACAGCAGGAUGACUUCAAAGAGGCAUUUCUCCUGUUUGACCGGACGGGUGAAGGCAAGAUCACUUUAAGCCAGGUUGGGGACGUCCUUCGGGCUCUGGGCACAAACCCCACCAAUGCAGAGGUGAAGAAGGUGCUGGGGAACCCCAGCAAUGAAGAGAUGAAUGCCAAGAAAAUUGAGUUUGAACAGUUUCUGCCCAUGAUGCAAGCGAUCUCCAACAACAAGGACCAGGGCAGCUAUGAAGACUUUGUUGAGGGUCUGCGUGUCUUCGAUAAGGAAGGCAAUGGCACGGUCAUGGGUGCUGAGCUCCGCCAUGUUUUAGCCACCCUGGGUGAAAAGAUGAAGGAAGAGGAGGUGGAAGCCCUCAUGGCAGGUCAAGAAGACUCUAAUGGCUGCAUCAACUAUGAAGCCUUUGUCAAACACAUCAUGUCUAUCUAAAUGGAGCACUCGAGAGCAAGCAUUGUUUACGAAGACUGAUUGGAACUUGAUUUUAAUAAGGCCCAGGACUCGCUGUUCAGAUAUAUUGACCAUCCCUCAGAAAAGCAAAAUAAUCUAUCUUGUUCUGGACAGAAGAACUUCCUGAAUUUUUGUGCACUUUCAUACUCUCUCUGAAAUGUAUUUCUACAAUACAAACCACGUGUCAGCUGCUCUCGACAAGAUGGACAGAACUUGGACAAUCUCAAAGCUAAGCACCCCUCAUCACCAACCAUGAGUCAAUGAACAUCCUCAAAAUAAUGAAUCAAUAAAUAAUUUUGGUCAGUCUGGAAA